AUGUGUACGGUUUGUAUUUUGUUAGAACAAGUUGACGUUAUUCUUGGAAUGAAUUGGUUGGAGUUAAACCAAAUGUUUACCAAUUGUUUUGAUAAGUUGGUGCAGUGUGCCGCUUAUUGCAAGAGCCCAACUGAUGUUAAAAUAGUAGAGAGCAAUGUGAUUACUAGUGUUAUACUAGUGGUGUGUGAUUCUAGAUGUUUUCCUAAAGAUAUCCGCGACUUGUCUCUAGAGCAUGAAUUUGAAUUCGAUAGAGGUGAAGAGUUAACGUUUGUAUCAGCUAAGCAAGUGAGAGAAUCCGUGAAGGAUAUGGCACAAAUGUUUGUGAUGUUAGCUUCGUUGGAAGCUAGAGGACAUGGAGUAGUUCAUGAUCUUCCUAGAGUGUGUGAAUUUCCUAAAAUGUUUUCUGAAGACAUCAAUGAUUUGCCUCUAGAGCACGAAGUGGAUUUUUCUAUAGACUUAGUACCUGGUACUAGUCUGGUGUCGAUGACUCCUUAUAGGGUGUCUGCUUCAGAGUUGGGGAAUUAA